GUCAUUCGUGACUCGGUCACCUACACUGAGCACGCCAAGAGGAAGACUGUCACUUCCCUCGACGUCGUCUACGCACUCAAGCGACAGGGCCGAACCCUCUACGGUUUCGGUGCUUAAGAAUAGCAAGUCUACUCUCGUGGUCGAAUGGACGAUAAGACGCAGGUCAACAAGCUAGCGCUGUCCGCCCCCACCAUCGCCCGUGGCUCACCUUGGCAACGACCGCAAGCGCCCAAUCAGCACUCGUCGACCCAGGUCCGACUGCUUCUUCCCCAUGUUCUGUACCUUUUAUGUCUCAUGUCGACGAUUACCAUGUCUUCUCCCCUACUCUCUUGUACUAGUAGCUAUCUCAGGAUCUUCACGGGGGCGAUGAAUUCGCGCAAGUGGCAAGCCAUCGGGGUCUCUGUCGCUUCCGCUGCCUCUCUCUCUCUGCCUCCCUCUGACCUGUCUGGCGCAAUUGUUAUAUUUUACCCACUUCGAAACGCUACCGUCGUCUGAACCUGUGCACUGAUGCUGAUGGUGGUGGUGGUGACAUUGAGGGGCGGGACAAUCGCAAAGCUCAGGCAUUGGAGCAGCGUAGCGUGGCGUCGGGUGUCACAAGAGGGAGAGUCAAGUGCGUC